ACUGCCACUCAAUUAGUAGAUGUUUGUGCGAGCGUGAUUGAUCCAUAGUGUUUUUGUUUACAUAAAUUUUCAAUAUUUUCUUUUUGUUUAUUUUGUCUAAUGUCCCCUUACUCACGCACAUGCAUGGCGUGUGUUGGUGAUUUUUGCCUGGCUAUUUUAGAAUUUUUUUUUCAUUUGAUUUGGAAUGGAAUUAUAGAAAAGCCAACGAAAACCUAGAAAAUAAAAUAAAAGCAUAAAUAAAUAACCUGAAAGUGGGCCACACGAAAGGGAAUAAUCCAUAAAAAAGUGACCCUUAAAAGAAUACAAAGAAAAUAACACCAACAACGGCAACAACAUUAAAAGUGACAUAAGUUCGGCCCCACCGGCAUUUGGCGUUGGCCAAACAUAAAAAAAUAUUUCAUAAAAAAAUUUCGUAUUUCACCCAUAAAUUACGGUCAGGUUGUGUGGGUGGCAUUUGCCAAUACCACGCCAGGCAUUGUGAAAACUCUCUCGCCGCCCCUCUCCAUCUACAUAACGCCCCUAACCAUAGACAACGGCAUUUUUAUUUGCUCCGUGUGUUUGGGGAAAUCACUAUAAGUUUUCCGCUUCACUUGUCUGAAAUUAAUGAUGGCCUAAACGUUAUUUCCAUUGAAAUUUAAAUAGAGCCAGAUCAAGGUCAGAGCCCAACACAAUUAUGUAAAUUCCACCAAAGAGAAUUCCUAAAAAAAUCCAAAUUGUCUUCCCAAUUAUCUAAUAUUUUCCAACUAAAAACUACCGCAAAAGUUGACCAAUUAAUGGCAUUGUAAAGCAAUAGCCUUGAGCAAAAGUUUGCCAUUUAAAAUAAUAACACUUGGUAAUGGUAAAUAUUUGUAGAACUUUAAACAGGGAGAGAGAAUAUAAAAAUAAACAAAGAAAUGCCGUUUAAAUUGGAAUUAUUACGGCCUCUUACAAUAACAACAACUACUACAUUCAUCGUUUAAGAGAUUCCCAGAAAAAACGGCCACAAUUUCUAAGGCAAUAACAAAAACAUACGGCCAAAGGCUCUACUACUACUAAUCCCCAUUGUUCGUUUGUUUACAAUACUCUAGCAAUGUGAGUGUGUGUGAAUAGAAGAGUAUAUGUGAGUUAGAGAGCCAGAGCAAAGAAAGAAAGAAAAAAAAAACAGCAACACCAUCUAUUGUUAUACACGUGCAUAGUUAAAGCAACAAAAUAUUAGAGCGCUUCAUAUUUGUGCUUUAUUUACGGUCUUUGAAUGUGAGAGGAGAAAUACACACAUAUAACAGUGAGAGCAAGAGAGAGAGCGUCUCUGUGUAUGGCAAAGAGCUUACCAGCACGUGUUGGUGGUUUAAUAGUAAGGCAAACGAUUUGUUAUUCCUUUGUUUACAUUCAAUUUGAAGUAGAUGUGUGUGAGAACAGUAUGUGAAUGAGAGCGCGCGUGAGAGAGAGUACCAUUGUUUAUAAGGAGAUUCCGUAUAGCACGUGAGUUAAACCAAACACUGUUGAGAAAGAAAAUAGUCUUACUCAAUGGUUUGUUUAUAUUUUGGUUUAUAAACAUUGCCAGAGGCAAACACGUACACACACAUAUUUGAAGCAAGCCACCAUUGUUUGAGGGUGGGAAAAGAAAGGCCCGUAAAUAUUUCUCCUUAAAAAAAUAAAAUUAACGGCAAUACAACGGCUACAGAACAAAGUGCAUUGGUAUUGCAUCAUCUUCCAUUAUACGUGUCUCCAGCAAAUAUCUACAACGUCUCCUCCUAUUCUUCUUCCUUGAGAACUACAACAUUAUCACCUUCCACUACCUGUCGUCGACGUCUUCAUCAAAUAUCACUGGCCACAGCAACAAUUGAAGACCCAGACAAGACAUUGCUAGACCCCACAACGGCCCAGACAACAGCAACAACACCUACAACAACGCCAGAUAACAACAUCGCCGGCAACCACGGCCGUUUGAAACCGAACAUCAUCAUGUUGCGUAGCUGCGUCUGUUUUGGCCAGCGUGGUAAUCACAAGCGGCGUAGCUCAUCGUUUGAUACAUCAUCGUCAUGCCGUUCAUCGGAAAUUGAACGUGGUGGCAAGACGGCCACCACAUUCACGGCCAGUGGUAGUGGCGGUGGUAGUGGUACUGGUGCCAAUAAUCAGCGCCAGAAUCAAGUUGCAAAUGGUCGUAUGGCCUCCAGUUUGUUACAGUACUUCCAGACGAAAGGUUGGCUCCGACACUGGCGUAAACCGACAAGGGGCCUCAGCAUGACCAAAAUUGAAAUCACCAUGAAAGCCGCUCUGCUAAUACAGCGCUGGUAUCGCCGUCACAAUGCCCGCAUGGAAAUCAAAAGACGCUACACCUGGUCGAUAUUCACCAAUUUGGAAUAUGCCGGGGAACAGGAUCAAGUAGAGGUAGGUAAUUUUGGGAAAAC